CUCCUCACACCCUCCACCCUGAGCCGAAAAGAGAUUCGGCUCUAGACUACAAGUCCCAGGAUGCAGCAGGGCCGCCAUUUCCGUCCGGCGACGUCACACAGCAGGCAUUGUGACGUCGGGAGGACUAGACGUUCUACGGGCAUCCCGAGCUUCAUGAGAUCAUGACUAACGGCUCAGCACUGAGGAUGGACAAGGACCAGAGUCAUGUGACUGAGAGGAUAUUGAAGCUCACCCUGGAGAUCAUCUACCUGCUGACCGGAGAGGACUAUAUGGUUGUCAAGAGAUUUAGGGAAGAAGGCGCAGACAGCAAGAAUCCCUCUGUGUCUGUAGGAUUGAGUAUCACAGAGUGUCCACCUCGAUCCCUCAUAUCAAAGAGAAGCAAUGGCAAGAAGAUCCUGGAAGUUACCAACAAGAUCAUUGAGCUUCUCACAGAAGAGUGGGAGUAUUUAGAAGAACACAAAGACCUCUACAGUGAUGUCAUAAUGGAUGAAGAGCAACCCUCCAAGGACCUAGAGGACCAAGAGUCUGAGGAAUCCUCGGAUGAGGUUGAAAGUCAAGAAAGAGAAAAUGAAGCUUCUGACGAAAGCACAAAACAUCAAAGUGUCAUUAAAGAAAGCUCUCGUGUGAAAUCUGAAGAUAAACUACAAGUAGUUCAACUUAUCGAUGCGUCUACCGAGCCACUUGAAUGUGUAUCCAUUUCUAUAAAGGAUGACGAGGAGGAGGAGGAAGAGGAGGAGGAAGAAGAAGAAGAAGAGGAAGAAGAAGAAGAAGAGGAAGAUGAAGAUGAGGAAGAGGAAGAUGAAGAUGACCAAGCUUCUGACUUUGAUGCAGAAGAGGAUUCUGUUACAUCUGAAAAAUGGCCUACAGGAAGGAAAUCCAAAUCGGUUGACAGCAACAAUGAUGAACGUGAUAUUGAUGACGAAGACAACUUUCAAACAGUUUUUAUCUCCGACGAUGGCACCACGGUCAUUGGCGACAAACUGGCAGUGGUGACCUGCAGCGUAUGCGGCGAAUGUUUUGCAGCCAAACCUGAGAGUUCAAAGAAAUCGAAGAAAAUUAAAUGCAUCAAAUGUUCUAUACUUGCAACCGGUCCUCAGAAACCAAAGAAGUGGACAAAGGAGGCCCUGCGGGAAGGCUUUUUGUACCUGCCUAAAAAUUCCAACCGGGACGCAACAGAAGCCUUCACCAUUAACAGCAAAGUGGUCAUCAAGAAAAUCGCGAGCGGGGAUGAAUCAGCCGAGAAGCCUCCCAGAGUUCCACCAGGGGAUAAAGUUCUGAUGUGCGAUGAGUGCGGCCGAUACUUUUCCCAGCAGGCUGCCUUGGAUAUCCAUCGUAGAAUCCAUACUGGGGAAAAACCCUUUGUUUGCUUGAAGUGUGGUAAAGGCUUUAGAAGCAAAGGAAACCUUGUAUCUCACCAAACUGUCCACACAGAGGAUAAGCAGUUCCAGUGUUCCAUAUGCGAUAAAUAUUUUAAACGGAGCCUUGGCCUCAUCGAGCACAUGAGGCUUCAUACUGGCGAGAAACCUUUCACUUGCCCUGACUGUGGCAAAUGUUUUUCCCAGCGUUCGGCCUUUAGCACCCACCAGAAGAUCCAUGCAGAUGGUAAAGUGUUUACAUGCUUUGACUGUGGCCGUUGCUUCAAAACUAAAGCUGACCUUCGGACACAUGAGCUGGUUCAUCUGGGCGACAAGCCGUUUCAGUGUACGGAGUGCGGGGAGGGGUUUACAAGACGGGCCAACCUGCUUAGGCAUCAACGUACGCAUUCGGGGGUGAAGCCCUUCUCCUGCGCUGAUUGCGGCAAGACUUUCACGCGAAAGCUCGGCCUUCUGAAACACGAAAGGCUCCAUAUUAGAGAAGUAGCACAAGCCAGGUUUCGAGCAAGUAUGGCUUUUGCGGCGUCCCAAGCAUCAGCGUGAACACUGAGGCAUAUCAGGCAAAGAACCCUUUUAAACAACUUCCAUGUCCAUACCCUAACUGAGUCAGUUCUGGGCAGAUCCUGGGAGCCAGAUAUCCAGUUUGACAUAAAAUGAACAAAUAGCACCCAUCUUUUUUUUCUGAUUUAUUGUUUUUUUGCGGGGUUUUGGCACUAAAGGCUCAUGUCUUAUGCCUCCCUGAUAGAAAAGGUUGGAUCACCCAGCAGUAUCUGCCCCUUGGGAACUUUAUAAUGGGAAUCUCUGUAGCCGAGUUCCCAGCUCUGCUCAUCAAAUUCAUGUUUUAUUUACAAAGGGGUCCCACUCCUGCAACAUGCAGGAAAAUAAUGAAACUCCUUUGCUGAAGAGAAGAGUUCCAGAGGUUUAGACUCCGGCUGAUUUGGCCACAGAAGCCUGUAAAAUAUAUUGGCCAGAACUAAGCGUUCAGUUCUCGUAACCACUUAAGUCCUGGAACCUUUUGCUGCCUAAUCCCAAUGAGUCUGUGUUGUUUCUGUUCCAGAGAUGUCUCCGCUCCGCACCUUAUACCUUCUAUUUGUAGUCUAGCCCAACAUAUCAUGUAUUUUCUUUUGGGACAGAUAGGGCUUUCAUUUUGUAGCAGAUUUGGAUACUGAUAUUUUUGUUUACUCGGUUUUAUAGAGAAGAAAUUGUGAGAAAUAAGAAAAGAUGCAUUCUUAACUGUAUGGUACAGGACAGUAGGCUUCAGGUGAUUGGACACUGGCAACAAACUUGCUAGGGCCGCCCCUUUUGCAUGCUUAUAUAACCCCACUGAUUCCAUGAAACUCUAUAUUUUUGCUAGUGUCCCUAGGUGAUGGACCUCUUCUCCUAAAAGUUCUUUCUUUCAAUCAUUACACUUUUAUCAAGAUCUCACUGCUUAUUGUUCUAGGCCAGGGGUCUCCAAACUGCGGCCCGAGGGCCAGAUGUGGCCCUUUGCUAGCCUUUAUCAGGCCCUUGGGG